AUGAGAGCCACCAUGCAUUUUAUCACGUGGUUCGCGACUAUUUCAGCGAUUUGUGGCUGGUUGGUUUGCGCCGAUCACCUGGCAAGCAACUAUUCCCAUUCAUACGCAGCGGACCGCUACUACUUCUCUGAUACCAGGCAUCACGCGUCACCAGGAGCCAUACCAUCGGGAGCAGUGAACCAACUGAUGACUUGGCUGCCACCCUUUGCUGCAGUCAAUAGCAAAGAUUCAACAUGUAGGAAUCAUAGCCGAAUUUUCCUACAGAAGCUGGAAGAUUUCGAAUUAUGGUCGUUGAAGAUGCACGAUGCAUCCGCCAAGCUGCCUUCUGGAUUACUGAACGGCAAUGUGAAUCAGCUAGGUGAUUUCGACCAAUGCCUGAGUGUGCACCAAACUCAAGACAACAUCAAGGGCCAAUAUUGCCUAACUGACAUUGAGCUCAAACUGCAGCCUGAUCAGCAUUUGGCUAUCAAGCAGAUUCAUGAUCUCGUAGUCUCCCAUUCGGCAUUCAAGAGUAAAAUUGGUGAUCCUGGUCACAGAGUGCCGAGAUUUACAAAUAUCAACUGGGCUCUUUGCGUUCCUGCUUCCUGUAGUGCUUCAGAUGUUCAGGAAGCCCUCAUGGAAAGCCUGCAACAGCAUCUUGGACCAACAGGACUGAGGAUAAGAGCUCACGUAGAUCCUGAAAUGUGUCAACAAAAGAGUGAUUCCAUCAUUCCUCCAAAAUCAACAUUAUUGGUCCUAGCAUUUUUCAUAAUAAUCAUUGGAAUCACAAGUUUAGCCACAUUCUAUGAUAAGUCACUGCAAGGCCAAACCCCCACAAGUAAAAGUAUGGAGAUUCUUCAAUCAUUCUCUAUUUUGUCUAAUUCGAGGAAACUAUUCAGUAUGAAACGCUUCCACGAUGACAUAGCCAGCAUCCAUGGAAUAAGGACUCUGAACGCCAUUAUGCUGCUUGUAUCGCACAAAUCAAUGGCCCUAUUUUUCAAUCCGUAUAUCAAUCGAACUGGAAUGACUGAGUACCUUGGGAAGCCAUGGACAGUUAUUGCAAGAGCGGCAAGUUUGUACACAGACCCAUUUAUAAUGCUCAGUGGCUUAUUGACAACAUAUGCUUUCAUGAGACAAUUGCGACAGAGCCAAAGUUUGAAUAUCUCAAAAGAAAUUAUUUCACGACUGAUGAGAGUCUCGAGAAUGUUUGACACGGCUGAUUACUCUUAUAUCCUACCAACUCAUCGCCUGACAGUCUAUGUUAUGGGUAUAGCACUGGGAUACGGACUCCAUCAUUGGGGAAGAGACUUCAAGCUAAAAACCGGACAACUGACUCUUGGCUGGUUUAUUUCGUUGUGCCUAUUGUACCAAUCCAUUGUCAGCCCUGCCAAGAUGAGUGACAGACAUUAUGUUUACGAUAGAAUAGAUGCUGCCAACUACGCUGCUUUUGCACCAAUCACUUGGUGUUUAUUCUUCUCCUGGGUCAUAUUCUGUGCACAUACUGGAAAUGGAGGUUACCUAUGCAAACUGUUCUCUUGGAAGGGAUUCCAAAUUUGUACAAGGCUAUCCUAUACGUUCUAUUUAACCCAGUUCCCAGUAUUCUUCUAUUUCGUUGGUCAAGUGAGGGCUCCUAUGCACUACUCAUUUUUCCUUCUGUUCGAUAUGAAGGAGCUGGCUUUGAUAAUCAUCUCUUCCAUUCUGCUGACAUUGCUAUUCGAGAUGCCAUUCCAAAAUAUCAGAUCGAUAUUGCUCAAAAAGUCGUCAAGGACAACAGUCAUCUCACCGCCACAAAUCAAGCCUGACUCAGCCAAGGAGUAG